AUGGACGAGAUAACAACAAAGAUAGACAAUUUGAACGUAAAAAGCGGGUAUAAGCCUGUAAAGUUAAAAAACAUCAGUAAAGACAUGGUUGGAGAGAAGGUACAUUUCUUUGGAUGGGUUAGUAAGUGUAGAGCUCAAAAGAAUGUAUCUUUUAUGGACAUUGUUAGUGGUUAUAGUACCAUAAAGGCAGUUUUUAAAGGAUGUGUUAAACACACUAUUCAUACUUCGUUGCAUAUCUGUGGAGAGGUUAAGGAAAACUUAGGAAAAGAUAAGUCUGAAUUUGAAAUAGUAGUAGAUUCUUAUGAAAUUUAUUUGGGUAAACAAGCACCUGUUUUGCCUAUUGCAUCUGACAGCAACAAAGAUGAUCUACUUAAGCAUGGCCAUUUAGCAAUAAGAUUUCCAGAGAGAAGAUUAUUUUUAGAGGCAAGAAGUGCUCUUUUGAAAGUUAUUAGGGAAUAUUUCGAUAAGAAGGAAUACACGGAAGUCACACCACCUGUUAUUGUACAAACUCAAGUUGAAGGAGGUGCAACCUUAUUUAAGGUUGAUUAUUAUGGUAAAACAAGUUAUUUGACACAGUCAUCCCAGUUGUAUUUAGAAACAGUAGCACCUGUGGUAGGAUCAGCUUAUUGUAUAAUGCCAUCGUUUAGAGCAGAGAAGUCUUAUACCAACAGACAUCUUACUGAGUAUACUCAUGUUGAGGCAGAAGUAACAGACAUUGAUUUUGAAGGUUUGAUGGAUGGAAUUGAAGAUUUAAUGAAAUUUGUAACGAAAAGAUUUUAUGAAGUAAUGAUUGAUAAGAUUAAACAAGUUUAUCCAGAAUUUAUUGAGAAGGAUAGUUCAGAAGCUCCAUAUUUAAGAGUUUCACAUAAAGAAGCAAUUGAUUUCUUAAUAAAGAAAGAACAUAAAAAACCAAAUGGUGAAUGUUACAAACAAGGUGAUGAUAUUUCAGAUUCAUCAGAAAGGUUUUUAGUUAAAGAAAUGUCAAAAGGAAGACCAAUGUUCUUAACAAACUUCCCAAUUGAACAUAAACCAUUCUAUGUAAAGCGAAGUGAUUCAUCGGUGUAUGCUUGUGAUUUAUUAGCAGCAGGUGUAGGAGAAAUUUUAGGAGGUUCAAUGAGAGAAGAUGACUAUGAAAAAUUAAUUGAAGGAUUUGAAAGAGAAAAGAUCAAUCCGGAACCAUAUUAUUGGUAUCUUGAUUUGGCUAAGUAUGGACCAUCAUCUCAUGGAGGAUGGGGAUUAGGUUUUGAAAGAUUGUUAUGUACUUUAAUGUCAUAUGAUCAUAUUGAUAAGGCUUGUUUGUAUCCAAGAAAACCUGACAGAUGUACUCCUUAA